AUGUACCAACCGAUCACUGGCGAUAGAGAAAUACGGCUCCUUAUCUUGGAGCCGGGCGCACGCGAGGACGUAUUAGAAUGUGAGCUGGUCAACGCUGAACUAUCCUGGAGGACCAGGUUCGAGGCUCUAUCGUACGCUUGGGGAGACGAUACUACUAAACACGAGCUCAAAUGUUCUGGACACAAUAUUGGUGUAAUGGCUAACCUUCAUGACGCCCUGUUGGACUUGCGACUUCCAACGCAGAGGCGUGUUCUAUGGAUUGACGCCCUCUGUAUCAAUCAGGCCGAUAACGACGAAAAGUCUAAACAAAUCAGACUUAUGCACGAGAUCUACUCCCAGGCUCAAGAAGUUCUCAUCUAUCUGGGAAGAUCAGAUGUCUCGGUGCAUGGUGCGAUUGAAUCAAUGCGUUGGCUCGACUGGAAGUUGAUGCCUCUCUACGUUCGGCAAUUCCUACUCAGUUCAAACAUUGGCAUGGCAAGCUUUUUUGUCGAGAGGUGGGUGAGAAUGAAGCCUAUCAACCAUCAAGACUUUAGUUGGGACCCGAUCAUCAAUUUGCUGCGCCGUCCAUGGUUUCAACGAACAUGGGUCAUCCAAGAGGCUGUCAUACCGAAGCAUGCAAAGGUUAUUUGUGGAGAUCAGUCCAUCGCCUGGGCGAAGGUUCUCCGAAUUGUGGACGCAAUCAGGUACUAUCAAUCCUCAGUAAAGAGAGUGCCUGGGUACCAUUUGAUCUACGAAACAAUAUCCAGUGUAGACUUGAUGCGAUCGGCUCGAGACAAUCGACAUCCCAGGAUUUAUAUAUUAGGUCAGCGGUGGUACCGCCCUCUCUUGACUGAGCGCCCAAUGGAGGGACAGGAAGAUUCUAAGCUUCUUGGCCUUGUCUUGAUGAGCCGCAAAUACAAGUGUACACAGCCUCACGACAAGAUCUUCGGUAUGCUCGGCGUUACGGCAGAGGACACGAGUAGCAAGCUCUUAGAACCAAAUUACGAAAUCUCGGAAUUCGACGCUUACCGAAAUUUUGUACUCUGGGAGAUACGCCAUAACAAAAGCUUGCGUGUCCUUGGAACGAGCUCACAAAAGAGCAGUCGACAGCGCACAUCCCCAUCGUGGGUUCCAGACUUCAAUAGACUUGAUUCUAUUACGGGAUUAACCGGGUCCCCCUUCAGUGGUUCCUACGUUGAUGCCAGUGCAGGAAUGCCAAUGGAGGUGCGAGAAUCAAAUGAUAGCACCACUCUGCAUAUCAGGGGGAGCAUAGUCGACACGAUCCACACUGUUGGCAAGAAAUCGUUCACAGACAGAUCCACCAGACUCAGUAAACGACAAAGAAGUGACGAGCAACUCUCGGUCUAUGACCAGCUCCAGGUGAACAGAGGUAUGAUCGAAGAGGCGAGAGAUAUUUGGCUAGAAGCCACGAAAGGGCUAGCGCGAGGCCUUGGACCUGGCCCUGGAGAUCGUAUUUUUGAUACCAACGUGAUUGAUGGUAGACCAUUACCUGAUAGGUCCAUCUCUCCAGGUUGGGAGCCAUUUUUACGAGUUCUCUUCGGCGACGCCUCAGUUGGGAGCAAGUCUUCCAUGUUCAUCAAAGAGAUCACGACGUCUUUUCUUCGCCUGACCCUUGCGGAAGACCAGUUACCGGAGGAGUAUACCAAAAGCGAGGAGGUAUUUGCAAUCAAAGCGCUUGGAUACUUUGCAGCAAUAGCGCGGUCGCGACGGUUUGCACGAACAGACAUGGGGUCAGCUGGCUAUGUGCCCAUGAGGGCAAGGAGAGGAGACCUGGUAGUGGUUCUGUAUGGGUCUAAAGUACCGUUCGUGGUUAGGGAGAAGGGCGAUGGUAGAUAUUGCUUGGUAGGGGAGUGCUAUAUGGACGGGAUCAUGCGUGGUGAGGGAAUUAGGUUUGCAAAAUACGAGAAUAGAGAUAUAGAAUUGACAUUAGUAUAA